UUAUCAUAUCAACAUCUCAUCUUAACAAUCCAUGGCCGAAAAGAGUUCUCUGUUCACUCUCCAGUUUCUUGUUCACUGCAAGAAAUGGAAGCAUCAAGGACCGUAAUAGCAAUCUAUGUCCCGGUAGCGAUUCUAGCUCUGGUAUGGGCAUGGAAGGCGGUGAAUUUGCUGUGGCUGAGGCCGAAGAAACUGGAGAGGCUGCUCAGAAAGCAAGGCCUUCAAGGCACUCCUUAUAAGCUUCUUACUGGGGAUUCAACCCAAAUGUUAAACAUGCGUAUGCAAGCCAAAUCCAGACCCAUGAAUCUUUCCCACGAUAUCAUCCCUCGUGUUUCCCCCUUUCUCAAUCAUAUCGUCAACAAAUACGGAAAGAACCCUUUCAUGUGGAUUGGACCAGAACCGAGGAUAGUUAUUACAGAUCCUGUGCUAAUCAAAGAUAUGAUGAACAAGGUCUACGACUUCCCCAAACCUUAUCCGAACCCACUCUUGAAGUUACUAGCCAGUGGUCUUGCAAGCCAUGAAGGUGACAAGUGGGCUAAGCACAGAAGGAUUAUCAACCCGGCAUUCAAUGUUGAAAAAUUGAAGAUCAUGUUGUCAACAUUUUAUGUGAGCUUCAGUGAUCUUGUUUACACGUGGGAGAAAAUGUUGUCAUCAGACGGCUCGUGCGAAAUGGAUGUAUGGCCUUUCCUUCAGAACGUGACUUGUGAUGUUAUAUCUAGGACAGCUUUUGGAAGUAGCUAUGAAGAAGGAAAAAGAAUUUUUGAACUUCUAAAAGAGCAAGCUGAACUUGCAAUAAAACUUUUCUUCAAAGUUUUCAUUCCGGGAUAUAGGUUUCUACCUACAAGUGAGAGUAAGAGGAUGAAGAAAAAUGACAGAGACAUACGAACUUCACUCAUGGAUAUAAUCAACAAAAGAGAGAAAGCAAUGGAGGCAGGGGAAGCCCCUAAGGAUGAUUUGUUAGGCAUACUUUUGGAUUCAAACCGCAAGGAAAUACAAGAACAAGGAAAUAGCAAGGAUGAUGGUAUCACUAUUCAAGAUGUGAUCGAGGAAUGCAAGCUUUUCUACUUUGCCGGGCAAGAAACUACAUCUGUUCUGCUUGUUUGGACUAUGGUGUUGCUCAGUAAGUACCCUGAUUGGCAGAAACGUGCAAGGGAGGAAGUCUUGCAAGUAUUUGGCUACCAAAAACCAGACUUUGAUGGCUUAAAUCGCCUCAAGAUUGUGACAAUGAUUUUGUACGAGGUUUUGAGGCUUUACCCGCCAGUAGCUAUGCUCACUAGAACUGUUACUAGGGAUAUGAAACUUGGACACCUGACAAUACCCACAGGAGUGCAUCUUUCUUUACCAAUAGGUUUGGUUCAACAUGAAUGUGAAUUGUGGGGUGAUGAUGCAAAGGAAUUCAAGCCAGAGAGGUUUUCAGAUGGUGUUCUGAAGGCAACGAAAGGGCAAGUUUCGUUCUUUCCAUUUGGAUGGGGUCCAAGAAUAUGCAUUGGGCAAAACUUUGCCAUGCUGGAAGCAAAGAUGGUUAUCUCUAUGAUUCUGCAACACUUCUGGUUUGAGCUUUCCCCAAUAUAUGUUCAUGCUCCAACGGAUGAGAUUACUCUUAAGCCCCAGUAUGGUGCUCAAAUCAUUUUACAUAAGCUGAGUGUUUAACUGCUGGAAAGCAUAAUUGAUAGCUAGAUAGGCAUUGGCAUGGAUAUAAGGUGGCAUUUACUUGGGAAAGACGUCGCUUGAAGGUUUUGCUGCUGGAAUGGAUAUAUAUACACGCAUGUAUACAAUACAGAAUUUACUUUAGCCAGACAUCAUUUGUACUGUGUUUACAUUCACGCAGCUGAAUUGACUUGCAUGAUUAAUCUCUGAUUGAGACCAUUUCUUACUUAAAAUGAUGGAAAGGGGUCAUCAACAAUGGCAAGCUAGUUUCACACGUCA